GUCGGUUUUAUUCUUCUCAUACAUACAUGAUAAAGUCACUCAAUUUGUCACUAGGAGGUUUGAAAGGAGUAGUAGACCUAAUACAGAUUUGAUAUAUAGCUAAGUCGCUAAAGCGGUCUUAAAAGUUGCCAGGCGGCACUGCCAAAACCUGCAGCCAGACAGAGAGGAUGCCAGCAGCAGAGGAUUCGCAUGGUGUCAACAAAGUUGUGGACAACAUCUGUAAGCUUUCUCCAGAUCUGUUGACUGAAGCAUGUCAGCACAUUCUGAUAUAUCUUCAAGGACAAACUAAAGGAGUAGAUUCAGCUGAAAUUUAUAAAUUUCAAAGAGCUGGAGUCAGACUUGACCAUGAAGCUCUACAGAACAUUAUCAGAUUUCUCCUGUUAACAUUCAGGUCAGCUGGAAAGAGCAACCUCUCUGGGGAUGACCUUGUCUCCAGGCUGGAAGAAGGCAGUAAAAAGUGGCCCAAAGCUUCCCUUCAGGUGUUGCAUAGGUUGUGGAGUGAACAUGGUACAUUAGUCCAUGCUCAGCAGCAGGUCCAGGCCAUGCUCAGCAUCAGCCAGUUAGUGGACAUGCAGUGGAAGCUCGGCAUGGCAGUGAGCUCAGACACCUGCCGGUCUCUCAACUCCCCAUACGUGUCCCUACUGCUAAAGAUCGUUGAGCCCUCCGGGCAGAUUUGUCAGAGGUCGUUUGAAAUGACCAUUCCACAGUUCCAGAAUUUUCACAAGCAGUUCAAGGAGAUGGCAGCCGUUAUGGAGACUGUGUGAUGGUUGCAAGUUCACCAAAGUUUUUGUCGAAAUGACACAACAGUUAACUUGUUACCCAACUGAAGAAAUGCUUGACACACGUGUGUGUCUUCUGGCUGUUUAACAACAUACCAGUUUUUGCAAAUGUCAAUUGUCUGAUUUUCACUUUCCAUUUUUAAACAGAUUGCAUAAUGAUGCAGUAACAAUCAUUAAAUGUAAACCUCCAACAGCUUAGAGCACAACAUCAAUGAAAUGCUUAGUGUCACUGUUUACCAACCAACUAAUCUGUAAAUGUAGGAUCCAGAAUAAAUUAUGACCUAACUUUGGGUAGUUUUGUAG